UCGUGCGAAACAAAAACAUCACAAAAACGCGUUAAAAUGAUAAUAAUUUUAUCAUACCAUAAUUUUUAAUUAAGUAGUAAUAUAUCUCAAAUACUGAUUUGCAAUCUUAUAUUAUUUGCUUCAACACUUAACAGUUAAUUAUCAACAUAAAAUAUUUUAAGAAUAUUUGAAUACAAUAAUAUUUUACUACAUACUCGUAGACACAAUCGUCUCUCUCGAUAAGUAUUAUCGUGUUUUUAUAUUUGUUAAUUUUAAAUAGUAAUCAGUGCUCGCUCAGUAGGUUAGGACUUAGGUAAUAUGGAUCAAAUAGGAGCUAGCCACAUAAGUUUGAGGCCUAUUCAUGAUGAGGAAGAAGAAGAGGAAAUUGAUAAUCUAGAAAAUUUAAUUGUUAGUUCCAAAUCUUUGAGCGCUUACGAACAGGAUUCUUUCAAAUGCCUAUUACCACAAAUCAUAGCUUCAAUUAUAGCAGCUUCAUUCGCUAUUGGAAAUGGGGUAUCCAUGUCUUAUUCUGCGAUCUUAAUUUCACAAUUGGAGGCACCAGAUAGUGGUUUUCAUGUGUCCAAAACUCAAAAUGCAUUUAUGGCUAGUAUAGUUCCGUUGAUGGGUCCCUUAGCAUCAAUACUCAGUGGUUUUUUAAUGGAUAAAUUUGGGCGAGUAAACGCUUUGAGACUCGCUAUUAUUCCUGGAAUUUUCGGAUGGUCCUCACUAGCACUAGCUCCCAAUUUCCAAAUAAUUAUGGUGGGUAGGAUUUUAACUGGUAUAGCCUCAACUUGUGCCUCAAAUCCUAUUCUGGUUUAUAUAACAGAAAUAGCACAUCCUAAAAUGAGGAUGUCGUUUAUGCAGAUGAUUCCAUCAUAUGUUUCUUUAGGUAUGAUUAUCACAUAUUUUGGAGGCUCUUAUGUAAAUUGGAGAACUAUAGCUUGGUUGACGAAUGGUUUUCUAAUUGUAUCUUUGAUCGCUAGCAGCGUUAUACGCGAAAGUCCAUUGUGGUUGAUUUAUAAAGGAAAAUUGAAAGAAGCCAAAAAGUCUCUUACCUGGUUUCAUAAAUAUCAACCCAAUCCACUGGGAAAAAAAGAAACAUAUGCAGAACUCGAGUUCAAGGCUCUUAAAAAGAAACAAGACGAAAAAGAUGUGUUGAGAAAAGAAAAAAAAAGUGUCAAAGAUAUUAUUAGAGAGUUUAGGAAGCCGACUGGAUACAGACCUGUAUUAAUAAUGAUCCCUUUAUUUUUCUUUCAACAAUUUUCUGGAAUUUAUGUUACAAUGUUUUAUGCAAUCACAUUUAUACAAGAUUCGGGUUCAAACAUAAAUGCAUAUUUUGCUUCAUCUUUCAUUGGAUUAAUACGUUUGGCGAUGGCUAUAUUCAAUGUUUUCAUAUUAAGAUACAUAAACCGAAGAACAGCUAUUAUGGUAAGCGGCGUGGGAAUGGCUAUAUUCAUAUUUAUUAGUGGACUCUAUACUCAGUGGAAUGAAGAAGGUGUUACAACUGCAAGUUGGAUACCAGUGGCAGCUAUUUUAAUGUACGUUGUAUGUUCAGUAACCGGACUAAUGUUUCUUCCCAGUAUGGUAACACCUGAACUGUUUCCAAUAGAAAUAAGAGGAGUGGGUUACACUAUAGAUUACAACAAGAAAUGUACGAUUUUAGUAUUCCAACAAAGCCUAGCAAAUCGACACUAGAACAUACAAAAACGAAGAAAUAGGCAAACCAAAGAAUAUCGAAAUGUUUCCAGACCAACACAGGAUUAGAGCAGGGAGAUCCGCUAUUGACUAAGCUGCUCAAUAUAGUAUAAGAAUUAACAGGGAUACUAAAACAAGGAUAACGGAACUACUGGCAUAUGCAGACGAUGUAGUAAUUCUUACAUCAUCUGAAAAUAAGCUUGAGGAAAUUUGUAGAGCAACAGAGUCAGUGAAUCUACGAGUCAACGAAGAUAAAGCGAAGUUCAUCAUAAUAACAACACCACAAAGGAAAAGAGCAAUGAGAAGUUUUACAAUACAACUGAAUAAAGAAAAAGUAAUGAGUUCAGUUUAAAGUUACCUAUAUAUAUCUUGCGGUUAUCAAGAAGGAUGGUGACGAGGGAGGAAAUCUAGAAGCAAACAUCGCGAAGGAAAGUAAGCAAUUGCGAGGACUAAAUGCGAUUAUAAGCUCCAUCAAAAUGUUUAGAAAUGCGAAUCUACAUCUAUACAAAACAAUAAUAAGACCUUCAGUGAGCUACGGAUGCGAAACCUGGAUUUUUAAUAGAGCCUCUGCUAUAGAAGUUAGAUUACCAGAUUUCAGAGCACCAAAAAUUGGACAUAAUAAGGAGAAAAAAAGAUGAACCAAGGGAAAGAUGGUUAGCAAAGGUUAUGGAAGACAUAAACUAGAGAAGAAUUCAGGAUUGGAGAACGAAAGCAAAAAAUAGGAAAAAGUAGAAGAGAAUCACUUCCGAGCUAUGGGCCUGAAAGGCCUGCGUGUAGCACUAGAUAUACAUGAAUUUAUUCAAUUUCUUAUUUCUUAGACCUUUUAUAAAAGUUUAUGUUUUCAAAUUGUCUUGAUUUUAAGUAUCUUCUGUUAUAAAAUUAUUUUUUUUUUAAUUUUUGAAAGAUAGAUAAAUUUUUACGUUACGACUACUUACAGUUUUUAUCAAAAUAUUUUGUUAUAUAAAUAUUUUUUUCUUUAAAUUCAAA